CGUAAAUCCUCGGCGGGAGAUGCGACCUACUACGAAGCGAGCGUAACAACAAGGAAGUCAGAACACAAACAAACAGACAAACUGUAUUUGGAUGAUGGAUCAUGAAGAUUGGAAAAACACUAAGGAGGCCGUCGCGAACUUUCGACGUCUGCUGCUUUGCUCCAAAUGCUCAAACCUAAUGAAGGACCCUGUGUGUCUUGGAACGUGCGAGCAUAUGCUGUGCAGGUCCUGUGCUGGUCCCUGUGCGGGCGAUGGCUGCAUGGUGUGUCACAGUCCUGCGUGGGUGAAGGACAUUCAGAUCAACCGGCAGCUCAGCAGCAUCGUACAGCUCUUUUCUGACUUGGAGUCCAUCCUGAAUCCCCCAGAACCUGACUCUAUCGCUGAUUUUCAAACAGAACCUAAGAGCCCUGUUUUUAGACAAAAGAAGACCUUUAAGAUCUGGUUCAGCCCCCGCAGCCGCAAGGUUCGCUGCGCGGUGGAGAAGCCUUCAGACAUCACAGUGUCUGAGAGUAGGUCUCCUGGUAAGACCGACGCAGCACAGCAGGAUGCUGGUACUGCUCAGCCCAAGGACCUGUCAGUUUUUAAUUUCUCCUCAUCCUCCCAAGACUCUGGCUCCUCUUCUCCUCAAAGACGCAACCCUGAAAACAAAAACAGGAAGAACCGCGCAGCUAAAAGAAAUGCUGCUAGCAAGGUUCAAGGUGCAGCUGCAAUCACACGGAAGCGGAUCAAGCAGGAUAUGAAGAAGAGGAGGCUUGCGGCUAUAAAUCAGCAGUGGGGAGUGACUGAGGAGAUUAUGCAAAAGGAGCAGACCUGUGUUCAAGAGACAAAGAAGCCCAGUAAAAGGGUUUCCUUUGUGAGCCCUGCAGUCACCCCUGACAAACCUCAGCCUGAUGUGCCGAAGGGGAAUGAAAUCAGCACCGGUGAGAGCCUCCCAGGAGUCAGCACCACUCAAAUGAACCACCAGGACUUAGCCAGUCAGAGCAUGUCUGUAAGUGUCACCCAAAAAAACACACCAGCUGCCAGUGACCUCAACCCUGCGGACGAGCCUGAGAUCCAGCCCCAUGUUUGUUCCCCAAAGCCAUUAAAAAGAUCCAGGGUAGAGGAGAAGGUCGGAACCUUGGAGACCACACCGAAACGGCCGAGGACCUCUCCAGGCCGGAGACGAAGAUCGCUGGGUCGGAUGUCUCCGGGUGCCCUCAGGCCUCCAUCUGUGAGUAGCCCCACAACCCCCAGGACAGAGCGAGAAGACAGUCCCUCACCCACAGCCGGUCGUGGUAGAAAGUCCCCCAGUGCUCGGGCUGCAUCGGUCGGCCAUCCCAGCCCAGGAAGCCCUGCAGUUAUGAAGAGGAACCACAAGGGAGAGACCCUGCUACAUGUAGCUGCUAUAAAGGGAGAUGUAGCGGCUGCCAGGGAACUGCUGGAGCAGGGGGCCGACCCCAACCUCAAGGAUAAUGCUGGGUGGACACCUCUGCAUGAAGCAUGUAACCUGGGUCACCUGGAGGUCGUGGAGCUGCUGCUCUCCAGAGGAGCUCUACUCAACACACCUGGCUAUAAAAACGACUCCCCGCUCCACGAUGCCGCGAGGAACGGACACGCAGCCAUAGUGGAGCUGCUGCUGCGGCACGGAGCCUCGCCCAGCGUCCUCAAUCUGUAUGGAAAGCAGCCUGCAGACUACGCGGCGAGUGUGGAGAUGCUGGAGAUUUUCCAGAAAGCCUCAGAAGGAAACCAAUAUGCUAAUGCGCCUCCCAGCCCGUCAGUGAGCCUGUCUGUGGUGAACGACUGUGCGAGGAUGGAAGAGAUGCCGGUGUUCCUGGCGACCAAGUUGUCUGGACCCGAGCAACGCAACCUGGCCAAACUGGGACGGCUACUGGGAGGGAGGGUGGUGGACACCUUUUCUAGCUCAGUCAGCCAUGUCGUGGUGCCAGAAGGACACCUGCCCACCACCUACUCCGCCCUCCUGGGACUCCUCGCCGGCUGCUGGAUCGUCAGAUACAGCUGGGUGGCGGCGUGUCUGCAGGAAGGCAGGCGGAUGCCUGAAACGGAGCACGAAGCAGGGGACGGGCCUCCACGCAGCCGCAUCAACAGAUGCAGCCUGCUCCCGCCCCUCUUCGACGGAUGCUUCUUCUUCCUGCUGGGCUCCUUCAAGGCGCCCACCAAAGACGAGCUGGCCAGGCUGCUCCGGGGGGGAGGAGGGCAGCUCCUGAGCCGCCAGCCCAAGCCGGACAGCGACGUGACCCAAACCCUGAGCGCGGCCGCCUACCACGCGCUGCCCGGCUCCGAUCAGGCGCUGUGCACCCAGUACGUCGUCUUCGACCCUCAGGGCCCCCACAGGCCCGCGGUGCUCAGGCGGGGCAAGGUGUGGUCGGCGCCCUCCACCUGGAUCGUCGAUUGCAUCGCGGCGUUCCAGCUUCUUCCUGUGCCUGAGCCGCAGAUAUCGGUCUGAAUGAUUCCUCAUCAUCAUCAUCAUGGUGAUGCCAUGUCUUUGAUUUUUAUAUGUGAUGGUUUACUGUUAAUCAUACAGAGUAAUAAUAAUAACAGAGAAAUAAUGUAACUCAUAUUGUAAUUACGAUAUCUAUCUCCUAUAAACCUAUAAAUAAAGUAUCUACGUGGAUUGUUAUUUUAAGUGAGGAAGAUACCAAUAGUUUAAUACUUUUCUGACUUCUGACCUUUGUUUAGUUUUACCAAAUUAAACAAUAUUUCAAGAAUUGACUACAGGAAAUCAUUUCACCAUGAAUCACAGGUAAAGCCUGAAGACAUAAUUAUUGAAUUACAGCUGUUUGUAUUUAGAGACACGUGUUAUAUUGUGUAACAUGACACCAGCAAAGGUCACUGGGCUAAUAACAUGUGUUGUAGCCUCAUUCUACCGAGUCCUAACAGAACAACGGGCUGGAAAAGGUAACCCACUUAUCUCUGGGUUCUCAGCUACAGCGCUGCCUGCCAGCUGCUCCUGGAUCUCGAAGCUUUUCUAGGACAGAUGAGUUCUUUUCUAUAAUCCUUCCAACGUACUGAAUCUGCACUGUGUUGGACUGGUCCAGGAAGGGUCCUAAUCAAAUGCUCUUAACCACCUCAACUAACUCACUGCGAUGUCAGGGAGCGGCGGUUUCAUUCAGGCUCCCUGCUGAGAAACCCAUGAGGAUAUUUCACACAUUCUGGUUGUCCUGUUUGUGUUUUGUAUAGUCUGUGUGGGGUUGAUAGGAAGAGCUAAUUAACUUAUCAAAUGAAAAGGCUUAUUUGAUACAUACAUUACAAGAGUCCUCAAAAAAAGGUCAAUGGACAUUCAAUACAAACUGCAGAAUAGGAAAAAAAAGGGGAACUCAGCGACGGCACUGAGUGCAAAAGCAAACUUUCCCUCUUUGUUCACAAGGUGUGUGCAUUUGUGUGCAUGUCUUUGCAGGUGCGUGUGCUUCGAGAGGUCUUCCACUGGCCAUCUCCCAGGAUGGGAUUGAAUGGGAUUAGUCAGGGAUGCACCUAAUUGCUAUUGAUUGCCGUGUGCCGCAUAAAAUUGCUUCCCUUUCCUUGUCCUCUGUGGGAGGUGGGAGAAGGCAAUUAGCAGCGUGGACGAGAUAGAAGCCCGGGCCGACUUGUAAUGGAACUGAAUGGAGGACUGAACCUGUGAAUUAUGCCCUUGAACUCACUGAGCAUUACAAAACCAUUAGUUCGCCUCUCAGACAGUCAUAAGCCAAAAAGACUGCGCUGGUAUUUAUUCUGAAAUGGUUCACUUUGUGAAACGCUGACCUGGAGGCUGUGACCUGGGUCGGACGCGUCCUUCACCUGCUGCGUGUUUUGUUCGCUCUCAGUACAUGGAGGACAUACAUUAGUAAAGAACUGCCCAUUUUCACUGGAUAAUUGGCUGCUUUCUUGUGAUCUCGUGCAGAAAAGGCUCCACAAUCCUGAGUGAAGAAGAGUUCCUGUUGCCCAGUACUUCUUUUCAAGUCUUUAACAAAACAGUGUUUGUCUCAAUGAACCAUACACAUUUUCUUAUUCCUCUUUUUUUUUUUUUUUUUUUUU